ACCAAGCAUUAACAUUAUUAUUAUUGAGCAAUUCCAGCUCAAAUCAGGAUUUUUUCUGGUACUUUUGUACCCGACCCUCUCCGAUUUCAAUGAAACUUUCUAGACAUGUUAUCCUAGGUCUAUGUAAGCCAUUUUUGUGCCUACAACAUUAAUAAAUCAUUAACUUUUUUGCAGUAGAGUUAUUAAUUAAAGUUAUUUAUGAUACAUCCUAAUUUAUAGACUAGAGCCAACGUCUGCUCUGCUUUUUAUGUACUAAGCUACACAUAAAAAUAGGUAAGGUAAAACUGCUCUUAGGAAGACUUUUUGGAACAGUUGAAAAAAAAAUCUUGCAUGGUUAGGUUUCCCACAAGAAAAGCUAUCGUACCAAAAAAAAGUAUGAACCGUCAUCAGGUGUGACAUUAGGUCUAGGGGGUGAGAUUGGGUCAUACAAAUUUUAGCAAUUUUGUAUGACUGUAUCUCACCCACCAGACCCAAUGUCACCCUGAUGACGGUAUUCAUUGAAAUGUUUGCAAUUGCUCAUUAACUAUGUUUAUCACUGCCCGCAUCACUUUGUUCCAAUAAUUCUCCACGCAGAUACACAUCGUAGCUUGUGUGCUAUCUUGUGACACCUCCCAUCUUUUUCAGCAGACGGGUCACAAGAUAGCACACAAGCACAUGUUGAAGUUUUCAGUCAUUACAAGAGGAAUAUUUAACCAAGUCAUAAAAAAGACGAUGGAGAGGGGGGGAGGAGGGGGGGGGGUUCUUGGUAAUAAAUCUAAAAUCCAGUAUUAUUUUAGUACAUUUGUUGAAUUCUUGAAUAUGAAGAAAGAUCAUAAGGCGAUUGCCAUAUCUGACUUUUUGAUCCGAUUCGUGAAUAGAGUAGAGUAGAUCCACUUUGACUUUUUUUAGAAACAUGCAAAUUUUGAUCUUUCCAGCAAGUAUGAGCAAAAUUUGCUAUACACUGUCUGAAAGUACAUUAAAUUUCACGACAGAAACUGCAUACGAGACUUUGGUCACACCCGUUCAAAAUUGUUCCUGAAGAGUUGAAAUUCGAAAAAAUCUUGAAAAUAGUUAAUGCUUUCUUUCGUUUGAAUAGCUUAAAAGGAGGGAGGGGUCAAUUAAAAUUCCAAGAACAGUAGAAUUAACGACUUUUAAAUACCUUUCGAAUGCAGCCAAAAGAAUCAAAUGGUUUAAAAUUGGCUGAGUUAUGCAAGUUUUAAGAAAAAAUAUUUUUUGCGAGUUUUGAAGUUCCAGCUACUAGAAAUAACAAAAAUGUCUGCACUCUCAAAGCCGCCAAAAAUUCAAAUUCCAUCCAAUCUUGCUCAAAAUUUGUGAAAGUGUUUUUGAAGGUAUGAGAAAAAAUAGAAAAAUACUAACACUACUGAAAUUUAACUUUCAUUUUUUGAUUUUUGUCACACUGUGCGUGGGUUCGUAUUAGCCCUACACAGAAAAAAAUAACUGUUGUUUACAUCGUGUCAGUUUUGCUCCCACUUUGAUGAUAAUUACCAAGUUUUUCGCCGUGAUUUACUACACGCGACGUGAUCGAUCGUACUAUUCGCGUCAUCGUCCAUUUCGGCGAAGUGAAGUUUACACUAGUUAGUGACUCUAUAGUUAAAUAAGAUUAAGUUAAUUUUCCUGCAAUUUUCAUCUCCUGACUCGCUCGUGCAUCGUCGCCUCUCGCUUACCACGUCUAACGUUUGGCUGCCAGCCUCAGGCUUGGCAUUACAGACAAACCAUGACGCGUCCACAGCUCUGUGCUGCCGAUGUCUGUAGCAACCCUGGCGUCAGACACAACAACAAACUCAUUCAGUGCUACGGCGGCUGCGAUAAGAGUUUUCACUGGAAGUGCAUCGGGAUGACUGCCGGCGGUUCAUCUGCACAACCCAGGAAUGUUUUGGUUCUGCGAGAACUGUAAAAACAAUUCGCUGUUUCGACUGCAUCGCAAGGUUGGCUACAUCAACGAAUCAGUUGAGGCGUCUCGGAUUCUCCUGAGAAGGGUGGAAACCAACCUCGAGUCAAAAAUUGAAACCUGCUUCAACAUGAUUCGAAGCCUCGCCAAGGUGAACUCCUUAUCGAACGCAACUCUCAGAGCUUGCUAUGGUGAUCAUCGUGACACAACCGCUUUGGAUCUCUCCCUUCGUUCGAAUGCUGACAUGGCCACCGAUUCUGCUGCUGAUGCGAACGGGAAACGUAAACUCAGCGAGGACAGCGUUGAUGACGACGCCGACGUCGAUGCCGCUGUUCCCGAAGGCCCAUCGAAACGUGUCAGGAACCUUCAACAAAGCCCUUCUCCUGCCGCUGACGACCUGGCCGAUCUUCCUACUCCAACUUUGGCUUAUGUGGCCGUUCCUGCAAGCGCCACAACACCGCACGUUGAGCCUCCCGAGCAGCCGAAUCUUCCUGCUCAAGCCAUCGAACCUGUGGUUGCACCAUCUACAGUUUCCUCAGGUAACUACAUUACAUAUGUCCGGCCGAGGCAGGACGCGAUACUGCACCACCAUCAAGUGAUUUUCAAUCCAGCCAGUACUAUGUCCUGUUCGACGACGACGGCAACAUAAUCCAGCGAACUCCUGUGACACCACCCUUCAUUGUACAACCUGCGCUUUCUGUCGACGUUGCUGAACCUUCCAUCGAGCCAACAGCUGACUACGAGACUGCCAUGGAUACUUCAACAGGCCUUCCGAAUGACCAGCAGCCUGCCGUUGAUCUUCCUGGUCUUGGCCAACCGGCUCAGCCCAACGUGACUGAACAACUCCUCAUUGCCAACCCUCCGAGCCAACACAAUAUUGUCCAACCCCGCGUUUCAUCCGUCUCCGCAACCUGUGCCAUCCCCGUGGGACAGCACACGCACAGCCGAGCUGAAUUUCACUCAGAUUUCCAACAAGUUCCAGUUAACUUCUCGAGCCAUCCUGAUGUUUUCGGACCCUGCUGCUCAUCCAACACCGCAACGGUUUCCACCUCCGUGGGACAGUCCACGCCAAACAGAGCCGUGCCGAGCCUCGUGCAUUUUUUGUUUUUCGGUCAGGUAACACUAUUUCGGGUGUAUGUCCGGCCGAAGCCUCAGUUACUGCCGCCCCCUCAUCAGAAAUCCAAACUGUUACAGCAAACAUCUCAGACCAACCCGGCGUGUUUAGGUCUGUCGCCACGCCACGCCACGCCAGAGCAAACCGUGUUGCUAUGACCACCAGUUCCAUAGGACCUGCUGUGCAGAACGCGAAUUUCCCAGUAUCGCAAUUCAUCCAGCCAGUUAACUCGACAACCAGCUACUACCACCUUGGACAAAAUCCACCAGUCGCCGGACGAUACCACUCAGCCUUGCAGAACGUGACUUCCCCGGCACCGCAUUUCAUCCAGCCAGGUAAUUUGACAACCGGUAUAUGUCCGGCCGGAGCACCCAGCACUGCCCCGCCUCUCAGUGGUUCUCAACCCGUUCCAGUAAACACGACGACCAGCUUCAACCGCCAUGGACAAAAUCCACCAGUCGCCGGACGAUACUACUCUGUCUUGCAGAACGUGACUUCCCUGGCACCACAAUUCAUCCGGCCAGGUAAUUUGACUACCGGUAUAUGUCCGGCCGAAGCACCCGGUACUGCCCCGCCUCUCAGUGGUUUUCAACCCGUUCCAGUGAACGCGACGACAAGCUUGGGUGACUUUAACCAGAGUCAGCUCCGAUGGUCUCCUGCCUUAAGUGGACAUUUUUUCGUUGAUAGCAACAACUCCACCGUAGCCCCCCUAGCAGCUCGGUUAUUGGAUGAACAACACAUGGCAGACCUUCUUCAAAUUAACGGUGUUACAAACGAGAACAACUCGAUCCUCGACCUAUGUCUCAUCAGCAGCGAUAUGGUGGGAAGGUCCAAAAUCUGCAGAGCCCCAGAACCUCUCGUCAAGGAAGUCAGAUAUCAUCCCCCAUUACACCUGUGCAUCGAUGAUUGUCAGCCGCUUGAAUUUUCCGAUGUCAAUGCAAAAACCUACUACGACUACAAGAAUGCUGAUUUCCAACGCAUGAACAUCUUUUUCAACACCAUUAACUGGGACGCUACCAUCUCCAGCAGCGAUGUGCACUCUGCAGCGUUGAAGCUAUCCCAUGUGGUUCUGUACGCAGUCGACCAAUUUGUUCCUAAAAAGACCCACAUUCCCCCUGCCACUCCCGAAUGGUCUACCCCAGCCCUCAAAAAGCUGAAAUCCUCCAAGAGAGCUGCCUUGAAAAAGUUUUCCAAGUGCCCUAUUAGUGUCAAUCGCUUAAAUUUGAAUCAGAUCAGCAACGACUACAGGCGGUUGAAUAAGUCACUGUUCCUCGCUCACCAAUCUCGUGUUCAGAACCGCCUCUAACAAAAUCCUAAAGGCUUCUGGAAGUUCGUAAAUGAGCAACGAAAGGAGUCUGGUCUUCCGUCAACUAUGAUCCGUGACGGGGUGGAAGUCUCAACCUCAUAUGAGAUUUGUGAUGCCUUCCGUGUUCAAUUUUCGAGCGCUUUUGCUGACAACAACCUAAUCGACCCUGAUGUUGCUGCGGCAGCUGACUCGGUUCCUGAUUCCGGUCUUGUCUGCUCCGACCUUCAAGUCUCUCGGGAGGACUUUAAUGCAGCGUGUUCGAAAUUGAAAAAUUCCACGUCCCCCGGACCUGACGGAGUUCCCGCAAUCGUUAUCAAAAAGUGUGCAAAUAGCCUCUCGGAGCCACUCCUUCGAAUCUUUAAUUUAUCACUUUCUCUUGGAGUUUUCCCCAAUAACUGGAAGGAGUCAUAUGUGUUCCCAGUGUUUAAAAAGGGUUGCAAGCAAGACGUUAAAAACUAUCGCGGUAUUGCCGCCCUCUGUGCAGUCUCCAAGUUGUUUUAAGUAAUUGUUUUGGAGUUUCUUCGCCACAACUUAUCGCACGUCGUCUCCGAUGACCAACACGGGUUUUUCCCUAAACGUGCCACCAAUACGAAUCUUGUCACUUACAUUUCCAAGAUCCAACGUGCGAUUAGCGAUGGCUAUCAAGUCGACGCCAUCUAUACUGACCUCUCUGCGGCAUUUGACAAAAUUAACCACCGUAUAGCAAUUGCGAAACUUCGGCGUGUUGGCCUACACGGUUCUUUGCUUACGUGGGUUAACUCCUACCUGACCGGAAGAACUAUGUUGGUUAAAAUCUCCGAUAACUUGUCUUCACCAUUUUCUGUUACCUCGGGUGUUCCACAGGGAAGCCAUUUAGGGCCGUUUCUUUUCCUGUUGUAUAUCAAUGAUGUCAAUUUCCUGCUUCGCUGUUCUAAACUAUGCUACGCUGACGAUUUUAAAUUGUAUGCUAUAAUUAAGAAAUUGUGUCCCGCCCGUGUGGAUCAAUCGGACCGCGCACUGGACUCACAAUCCAGAGGUCGCCGGUUCGAAUCCCGCGGCGGGCGCUCUAAAAAUUCUUUGUGUAAAUAUGGGUAUUCGGCGCCGUCGCUCCGUGCCAUACUUUCAUACACUUAGGAGCCCAGGGCGGCGAAGUCCUUGUAGAUAAAAGGAAGACACUAGUGGUUGGUACUAGCAAUGGUGGCCGACAGCUAUAAAGUCAACUUCGUUUUCGUCGCUAUAAUUAAGAGGCCUACUGAUAUGGAAAAUUUGCAAGCUCAGGUUGAUUUAUUUGCUGACUGGUGCCGCUUGAAUCAGAUGGUUCUCAAUCCUUCUAAAUGUUCGACAAUUACAUUCACCCGUAAACGCUGCCCAACGUUUUUCAGUUACAAAAUUCUUGGUAACCCACUUACUCGUGACUCUUUUGUAAAGGAUUUAGGCGUGUUGUUGGAUUCGAAGCUUUCUUUUAAAAAUCACAUUUCCUAUUUGUGCUAGAAGGCUAGCUAGGAAUGAUUUUUAGAAUGACCAAAUAUUUUCGCGACGUCAAUUGCCUAAAAAUUCUCUAUCUUGCCUUAGUUCGCUCCACCCUAGUGUACGGUUCAGUUGUGUGGGCUCCAUAUUAUCAUAAUGACAUUGGACGAAUCGAAGCGAUUCAACGUAAAUUUACAAGAUUUGCUUUAAGACAGGGGUGCCCAACCUUUUGGCCCUGCGGGCCAGAUCUGAUUUUUCUGAGGCAGUGGCAGGCCGGAACUAAUAUUUGAUAAAUGUUGAAAGUAAGUAUUUUUUUCAAUUUUCUUAUGAUUGGGUGUUGAGCAGUGCGUGGCCGAAUGGUUACGCUGUCCGCUUUGUAAGCGGAUGAUUCUGGGUUCGAUUCCCAUCUGCUCCAACCUUCCAUCGGAUGAGGAAGUAAAAUGUCGGUCCCGGCCUUGGUUGUUAGGCCGUUAAGUCAUUCCAGGUGUAGGAGUCGUCUCCAUGCCAUAAGUACAAACAACACACCAAACCAAGCCUACUCCGGUGGAAUCGCUGGCGGCGGUUGGACUCGCAAUCCAAAGGUCGUCAGUUCAAACACUGGGGUGGAAGGUUCCUUGGAGUAGAAAGAGGUUUGGGUGCUCUCCCCAUUCAAGCCUUCGGACUCCUAGGUUCUAGCAGAAACUUGCAAUAGAGACCACAAAAGACCCGGGGGUCGUUAAUGUGGAUGGUUUGAUUUGAUUUGGGUUCUUCUAAAGUAAAUAAAUAAAAGAACUAGUGUUCAAAAUAUGAUUCAUAUAUCUUGAAUUUAAGAAUGAAAAACAAAGAUAACAUUAAACAAUGUUUUUA